AUGCUAAACAGCAACCCUCUGGAAUUUAUUUACAGCAAUGAGGAUCCGGCUACAUAUUUGCACUACGAUGGAACCAGAACAACUCCUGACUUACCCUUGGCUUCAAGAGACAUCAACGAGCAUACACGCCGCAAAAUAACUAACGAUCCUGCUUCUGGCCACAAAGCAGUCAUUGCUAGCAAAAUAAUUGACGAUCCUGGUUCUGGUCACAAACCAGUCCGUGAAAUAAUUGACGAUCCUGGUUCUGGUCACAAACCAGUCACCGCACAAUAA